CGGAAUCAUCAAUGAUAGUAUUUUUCCUAUUCGGUGGCUUGGCAAUAUCUGGUUUAGUUCGUGAGAUGAAUAAGAAAACUGGGAUUCCAUAUACCCCAAUGCUAUUUAUAAUAGGAAUAUUUAUAGGGAAAUUUUAUUAAGAAAUGGGACUAUUAGGAUAAUCUAUAUAUUCAAUUAGAAAUAUAGACCCUCACGGUAUCCUUAUGAUAUUUUACCUAUAUUAAUAUUUGAAGGGGGAUUUAAUAGUGACUGGCAUUCUUUCAAAAAAUAAUCGGGUUCUAUAAUAUGACGAUUCAUACUAUUCGUGGAGUGGAGCUUUUAUGUUUGGAUCAAUACUAUCUUGUACAGAUACUGUGGCAGUUUUGGCUCUUUUAAAAGAAGUUGGAGCACCAAAAAAAUUAAAUUCUUUAAUUGAAGGAGAGUCUUUACUAAAUGAUGGAACUUGUAUGGUUCUUUUUGAAAUUUCAAGCAAAAUGGUUAAAGGAUAACAAAUGUUAAUAUUUGAUAUAAUAAAGCUUUUUUUAACUUUAACUGUUGGAGGUGCUCUUUUGGGAAUUUUUAUUGGUUUAAUAGCUAGUUUUUGGAUUGGAAGAAUACAUAAUGAUGCAAUAUUGACUGUAAAUGUUACUUUUAUAGCUGCUUAUUUGUGCUUUUUUAUAGCUGAAAAUGUUGAUUUAGGAAUAUAGAUAUCUGGUAUUAUGGCUUUGGUAUCUUUAGGGCUUUUUAUGUCUAUUUUUGGGAAGACUAAAAUAUCUAUAGAAGAGGAAAAAACAGUUCAUAUUUUUUGGAAAUAUGUUGUUUAUGCUGCUGAGUCUAUUAUUUUUUUGUUGGCUGGAAUUAUUGUCGGAAUUAGGGUUUUGAAUAAUUUAAAUAAUGAAAGUUUUUCAAAUGGUUAAGAUUAAUAUACAAUUAUUUAAUAGGAUUAUUUUAAACUUUUCGGGCUUUAUAUUUGUAUGAUAUUGAGUAGAUUCGGUUCUAUUGCCCUUGUUAUGAAAUGGUUAAGGAAAUGGGGUUAUGGAUUAAGUUGGAAGGAUGUUUAUGUACUUACCUAUGGAGGUUUAAGGGGUGCUAUAGGUAUUUCUUUUGCUUUAAUUGUCGCUAAUGACUAUACUGAUGCGUAUUCUUAGAAAUUUAGAGAUAUUGUGCUUUUCGAUAUGGCAGGGAAUGCUUUAUUGACAUUGAUUAUAAAUUCUACGACAGCCGGAGUUUUAAUAAAAAGCCUAGGUUUAUGUGUUAUUAGUAAUGUAAGGUAGAAAACUUUUAUGUAUUUUCUUGAAGGGUUGAAGGAAGAUACUAUUAGAAAAAUGAAUUUAUUGAAAAAUAAUCAAUAUUUGUAAAUGGUAAACUGGAAUGGCGUAAAAGACCUUAUAGGAAUACCUGAAUAUGAAAAAAAGAUUUAAUAAAUAGAAGUUGAUAUAUAAAAAAGGGAAAAAGAAGAAGAUAUAAACAUAAAAUUAGCACAUAAAAAUCCUAUAGAGCUAGAAUUAAUAAAACAAAAAGAAAUUUUAAAAUUAGAAAAUGAAUCAGCUGAUUCUUCGUAAAAUUUAAUAGAUGAAGAUAUGGUUGUGGAAUGUAGAAAUAGAUAUUUAAUAGCCUUAAAAGGUAUUUAUUGGAUUUAAUUUGAAAAAUAAUAAUGCAGUUCAAAUGCUCUUUUAUUACUUAUUGAAAGCGUCAAUUGGGAUAUCGAUACAUAGAAUCAAAGGAUGAAUUCUUGGGAAUUUUUAUCUAAUUAUAUUAAUAAUCCGUUUUAUAUUUAGAUUUUAUUCUAUUUAAAAACUUGGCCCAUUAUAGGAGAAAUAGCCGGAAAUAUGCUUUUUAAUCAUAUUUCUCAUAUUUAUGAUGUACUUUCGACUUAUAUUGAAGCUCAUGAGAGUGCAGAAGAAGUCAUUAAAGAAUUUAGAAUUUAAGAAUAAGUAUAAGCUUAUAUUGUGAGGGAAAGCUAUGAUAAUAGACUCAUGGCGGAAGAGUAUAUUUAGAAUUAUUUACAUAUAAGUUUUCCGGAAAUAUCGAAAAUGAUUUAGACGAAAAAAGCAGCGUUUUCUUUACUGGAAAGUCAAAGGAAAUUACUUGAGGAUUCUAUAAGAUUAGGGUAAAUAGACGAUAAAUAAUUCAAAACAGUAAAAAAUCAUAUAGAGAAACAUUAACUUAAAUUAGACAAUAUUAAACCGUCGUGGAAAUCACCGCCUGUAAAAGAGUUUUUGAAAAAUAUAAAAUUCUUUGAAUUUAUACCAGAUGUUAUGCUUGAUAAGAUUAUUUAUGAAAGCAUUGAAAUAAUUAUCGAGAAAGAUAAUUAUAUAGUUAAAGAAGGAGAAAGAGCUAAAUAUUUAUUUGUUAUUACAAGAGGAAGAGCUACGGAAAUUUGCACAUAGACUUUUUAUACUUAUAAUGAAAAUAAAUUAAUUGGAAAUGUACUAUUUAUACAUUAGUUGGUUUUACCAGAAUUAAGAUAUCUUACUUCUUGUAUUGCAGAUGCUAUGGUUUAUGUAUUAGCUUUUCCUCUGUAGUCAUUGUAAAAUAUUAUUAAGAUGAAUUAAUAAAUGGAGGAUUAUGUUUGGUAGUAAAGCUUUAUGACUAUUACUUAACUUUAUUAUAAUUAACUUAAACCCUUAAGUAAUCUUAAUAAGUAAAUUAUUAAAGAUCUUAUUCCUCAAAUGAGAUUUGCAAAAUAUAAAAAAAAUUAAACUAUUGAUUUCUAACAUGGAGGUGUAUUGUUAAAAGGAAACGUUUAUAAAAAAGAUAUGCAUAAUACUAAUUCUGGAUUUUAAAUAAUUAAAGAUUGUAUCAAAACUAAAGAAUAAUAGGAUAAAUAACUUAUAUAAUCAUUUGCUGUAUUUUUACCUCAUACAGUAUAAUAUUUAUAUACAAUUGACUCUAAUUAUAUUAUUAAAGAAUCAAAAUAGGCUGAAGAAGAUGAAUAAAAAUAAUGA